AUGCAGCGGACGUCGUCGAAUGCGUCUGAGUUCUGGACUACGAUUGAACUGCUGGCUGGGAGAGACCGACGGAGAUCGACCGGCGAUAUCGAAGAUGAUCUCGAUCCCAUCGUCAGAGUUGCCUCCGCUCUCAGCACGGAUGUCGAAGGUGUUAGUAAUUACUCAUGUGAUUCUGAGACCUCAUUAAGCAGUCAUUAUCACUCAAUGUCGAAGCACGGCAAAGGUCUCAACUAUGACACGGCGUCAAAAGUACUAAAAGUUUACGGCGAGGGCGCCAGGCGCUGGUUUCGGCAGUGCUCUGCCAAAUUGUUAUUCAAAACGAGUACCCAAAGUCGAGAGCGGUCGCGCUUCGCGCACCCCCACGUUCGUGCCCGCUUGGAGAAGCAUAUGGGUUCGAAUCUGGUGCGGCUCACAGACAAGAACUACAUGACCGAGCUGGAAGAAAGAAUACGCGCUGUCAAUGAGGAAAAUCUCAACAAGAGGAUAUCUAGUCGUGUCCUCGAUGAAAUGGAACGACUGAAGCGCCUGAUUCUCGUCGGAAAAACGCCACUUAAAGAAUGCCCCCCAGAACUGUUCCACCAUCCCGUCUUUGUGUUUUGGAGAAUGGUAAACCGGGAGGUGGCAAAGGCGUCGAAGAAAAGAGCCGAUGCGUAUUACAGGAAACUGAAGUCGUCGCAAAAGUUUGAACAGUCACCAGAGGAAGAAGCAGAACCUGAAGUUUUGGAAGAAGAAGGUGAACAAUUAAGCGCUGAGCAGCUGUUAGCCAAAUGCCGUGCUGAGCUUGAAGAUCUAAAGCAGGCUGACAUUGACAAGGGAGUAAGAUUCACUGACGAACAGUUUGCCCUUCUUAAGUAUGAGACAAAUGAUGUGAAGACUCUGAAAACUCUAACAACCGUCGAAGAACUAUAUGCCUUGGCUGACAAAAUCAUUGGAACUAAACGAGUGUAA